CUUCAUCCAUCAAUUUCUUGCAGUGGGUGCGUGCGUCGCAAGGUCGCGUGUGACAGUCAGGACGUUGCCAGGAGUCUUUACAAGAGCAUGAAGGAAUCCAAGCGUCUGGAGGCAGAGGAGGAUAAACUGAUGCGAGAUCUGGUAGAGAUUCAGUCGCGCUUGCUUCGUACUCGUGAACAAAGGCGUCAUCUCCAGAAGAGGCAGAAGGAGAUGUUUGAUCGUGGGAUGGCGGAUUUGGCCAAGGAAAUGGGGGACAGCGACCCUCUCGUUCCCGAGGGUGGCCCGGUUAAUGCUGAGCUCGGCGUUGCUUUGCCCGAGGUUGGUUUUGACGAGUGGGCGCAGGAGCAGGGACUUGAUCUCCCUGAGAUUCUGUCGCCUGAGGUGGCAGGAAAAAAGUGUCACAGCAUGAUGGGGAGAGCAUGGAAAUUGACCCGAGUUAAUAUAAUCUACAAUGAAACGUGA